AUGGACGAGGACGGCUUCCACUCUAUUACUUGGGACGACGCCCCACCUCGCACCGGGUUUGCCGACAUGUCCUCGGUCGGCAUGGACGACGACGACGACGAUGACGGCUUUGACAAGAUCAGCCCCACCUCGCCUCCGGCUCACGACGCGUACGCCGCCGCCUCUGGCAGCACCGCAACCGUUCGUCCGCACGCUGGGCUCGAACAUGAACAGAUUGACCCAGCAAACUACUCCUGGGAAGGGCGGUGGAUGGCCAUCGACGUCAAGGAGCCCGUCAAGGAGCACGAAGGCAGCAAGGACAUGUACGUCAGCUAUGCGGUGCAGACAAAGACCAACGUUCCGACUUUCAAGGACCAAUCACCCAUCGUACGCCGCCGCUUCCAGGACUUUGUCUUCCUCCACGACCAGCUCCAAAAGAGCUUCCCCGCUUGUGUCAUUCCGCCAAUUCCGGACAAGCACCGCUUAGAGUACAUCAAGGGUGACCGGUUCUCGUCUGAAUUUGUCGAGAAGCGGCGUCUGGACCUCCAGCGCUUUGUGGACCGGAUAGCCAGCCAUCCAACACUGCAACGGUCACAGAUCGUGAUCGACUUUCUCACAACCGAGGAAUGGACCGUCGUAAAGCACAAGCACAUUGCCAACCCGCCCCCCGAGUCACACUCUUCGCUCAUGGACUCGCUGAGCGAUGGGCUGGUGAACAUGUUUACGCGGGUGCGCAAGCCCGACGCCCGCUUUGUGGACAUGAAUGACGGGCUCGAGCGCUUUGAGGACGGACUGGGUCAGGUGGAGCGCCUCGUGGCGCGGAGCAAGAACCGUGUCGAUGACUACCAGGACAUGGCGGCUGCCUACCAGGGCCUCGGCUACCUCGAGAGCGGCAUCACAGAGCCUCUCAACCGGUUCGCAGAGAAGAUGCUCGACUUUAGCACCUUGCUCAAGCACCAGAACCAAGCUUCAGUCGAGCCGUUCCUGCAACAGACCCACUCUCUCCUCCAGUACUCCGGGGCUCACAGGGCAACCAUCAAGCUGCGUGACCAAAAGCAGCUCGACUUUGAGGAGCUCAGCGCAUACCUCUCGGCCGUUGCUGGCGAGCGCGACCGUCUCGCGGCCCUCAGCUCGGGCCACACUGGUGCACCCGUUGGUCUCGGCACGUAUCUCCGUGACCAGGUCGACAAGCUCCGCGGUACGGAUGACAUCCACACGCGCAGGGAGCGAAUGCGCAAGCUCGAUGGGCGCAUCAAGGAGCUCCAGGAGGCGGUGACCACCGCUCACGAGACGUCGGAUGCUUUUUCGGACGAAGUCCUGAAGGAGCAUGCCGUCUUUGAGCUCAACAAGCAACAGGAAAUGAAGGAGAUGCUCGGCCGCUACGCCGACGGUCAAGUGGAGAUGCUGCAGCGCGCCAUGGACGACUGGGACAGGAUCAUCCCGCUCCUCCAGCGUAUCCGCGUCGACGUCUAG